AUGGUUCCCAAGCUCAAAGACCCGUCAUUGCUAAAGCAGGAUGUAUGCUACGUCAACGGCGAAUGGGUCAAGGCCAAGUCUGGCAAGACCUUUGAUGUAACCGACCCGGCCACCGGCGAGAAGAUCGCGUCAUGCCCCGAGUUCGCCAAGGCCGACACGGAUGCCGCCAUCGCCGCGGCCGCCACGGCCUUCGAGACCUUCCGCACCAAGACCGGCCGUGAGCGCUCCAAGCUGCUGCGCAAGUGGUACGACCUCCUGAUGGAGAACGCCGAAGACCUGACGACCCUCAUCACCUGGGAGAACGGCAAGCCCCUCGCUGAUGCCAAGGGGGAGGUCACCUACGCCGCCAACUUCUUUGAGUGGUUCAGUGAAGAAGCGCCCCGUAUCUACGGCGACACCAUCCCGUCCUCCGUGCCCGGAAACCGCGUGUGGACCAUCAAGGAACCCGUCGGCGUCUGCGGCCUCAUCACACCAUGGAACUUCCCCGCCGCCAUGAUCACCCGCAAGAUCGGCCCCGCCCUCGCCACCGGCUGCACGGUCGUCUGCAAGGCCCCCGGCGAGACCCCCUUCACCUCGCUCGCCAUCGCCGAGCUGGGCCACCGCGCCGGCGUCCCCAAGGGUGUCGUCAACAUCAUCACCGCCCUCGACAAUACCCCCGAGGUCGGCGAGGCCCUUACCACCAACUCGACCGUCAAGAAGAUAUCCUUCACCGGCUCCACCAACGUCGGCAAGCUCCUCAUGAAGCAGUGCUCCGGCACCCUCAAGAAGCUCUCCAUGGAGCUGGGCGGCAACGCCCCCUUCAUCGUCUUCGACGACGCCGACGUCGACUUGGCGGUCGCCGGCGCCAUCGCCUCCAAGUUCCGCUCCUCGGGCCAGACCUGCGUCUGCGCCAACCGCAUCUACGUCCAGAGCGGCAUCUACGACGAGUUUGCCGAAAAGUUCGCCGCCAAGGUCCGGGAGUUCAAGGUCGGAAACGGCUUCGAGGAGGGCAUCACCCACGGCCCGCUCAUUCACGACCGCGCCAUUGACAAGGUCGAUGCCCACAUCCGCGACGCCGAGAACAAGGGCGGCAAGGUUGUCGUCGGCGGAAACAAGAUCUCGAAGCUGGGGUCCAACUUUUACGAGCCGACCGUCAUUACGGGCAUGACCAAGGAGAUGGCCAUGUCGAGCGAGGAGACCUUCGGCCCCGUCGCCGGCCUCUUCUCCUUCAAGACCGAGGAGGAGGUGGUGAAGCUGGCCAACGCCACCAACGUCGGAUUGGCGGGUUACUUCUUCUCUCGCGACAUCCAGCGCGUGCACCGCGUGGCGGAGCACCUCGAGGUCGGCAUGGUCGGCGUCAACACGGGUCUCAUCUCGGAUCCCGCUGCACCGUUCGGAGGUGUCAAGGAGUCCGGCUUCGGAAGGGAAGGCUCCAUGUACGGUAUUUCCGAGUACCAGGUUACGAAGAUGAUUACGUACGGCGGCAUGGGCCAGCCUCUUCAAAAGUAA